AUGUUGGUUGCCACUUCCGAUGCCCAUUUUUUCAGGGUUCAUACACGGCCCAACACCAUGAUUUCGGAGAAAAAAGAAUCAAACCCACCAUUCAGAUUGGCUGAGAAUCUGGAGAUGCAUAUGUUUGAUGAAAUGGGAUUUUGCGAGCAACUUAACGUUUUCUGUGCUCAAAAUGCCCAAGGAGAGAUUAGUUCUCUCCUAACUGAAACCGGGACGAUGGUGGAUGACGAUUUCACAGAUGAAGAAAUCGACGUUGAUGAGCUAGAAAGACGAAUGUGGAGAGAUAAAAUGAAACUUAAAAAGCUCAAAGAAUCAUGCAACACUAAAGAAAACAUGGAUACAGCAAAACAACGCCAGUCUCAAGAGCAGGCGAGGAGGAAGAAGAUGUCUAGAGCUCAAGAUGGGAUAUUAAAAUACAUGUUGAAGAUGAUGGAAGUCUGCAAAGCUCAAGGUUUCGUUUACGGGAUUAUACCAGAAAAAGGAAAGCCAGUGAGUGGCGCAUCCGAUAACCUCCGUGAAUGGUGGAAAGAUAAAGUCCGAUUCGACAGAAACGGGCCGGCAGCCGCCGCCAAGUUUCAAGCAGAUAACUCGAUCGCCGGAGAGAACGAGAAGACGAGUUCAAUUGGGUCGACACCACACUCAUUACAGGAACUUCAGGACACAACUCUCGGCUCCUUGCUAUCGGCUCUCAUGCAGCAUUGCGACCCGCCGCAGCGACGGUUUCCGUUGGAAAAAGGUGUGCCACCGCCAUGGUGGCCGACCGGAAACGAAGACUGGUGGCCGGAGUUGGGUUUACAGAAGGACCAACCCGGCCCGCCGCCUUACAAGAAGCCUCACGAUUUAAAAAAAGCGUGGAAAGUCGGCGUUUUGACGGCGGUUAUCAAGCAUAUGUUUCCGGACGUUGAUAAAAUCAGGAAGCUCGUAAGACAAUCGAAAUGUUUACAGGACAAGAUGACUGCGAAAGAGAGUGCCACGUGGCUCGCCGUCGUUAACCAGGAGGAAACAUUGGCUAGAGAACUUUACCCUAACCAGUGCCCGCCGGAACCGCCGGUUAUGUCAUCGGGCUGGACUGGAUCUUUUGACACUGGUGAGUAUGACGUAGAAACAAAACCUGGACCCGAAUCCGAUUUUGAAAUCCAUGAUAUCAAACCGGGUAAUUUAGGGAUGUUAAAUUACCAAGAUCGAAAGCGGAAAUCUCCUCCGACUCCAUCAGAAGCCAUGGAUCACAAGAUUUACACCUGCGAUUUCCCAAAAUGCCCAUAUAAUCAACCUUUUCAUGGGUUUCUUGAUCGGAUUUCAAGAGAUAAUCAUGGACUGAACUGCCCUUAUAGAAACAACGAUCAAUCACCGUUUGUGGGGGUUUCUAGGGUUCAGAACUUCCAUUUGAAUGAGAUUAAGCAGCCUUUCGAUGUUUCUAUUCUUGGUGUUCCUGAAGACGGGCAAAAGAUGAUUAAUGAUUUGAUGUCAUUUUAUGAUGAUAAUAUUCAAGAAAACAACAGUAAGGCCGAUUCCAGAAAUAUAGCGGGUCGAAAUGACUCGUUUUUUGGGCAGUCGGGUAUCCGAUUUCAAGGCGACAACUUUCUCCACCAUGGAUUUGAAGCAAAUUCGAACCUGCAACAAGGUCACCAUUUCGAUCAGUGCAAUGUUCAGCAAGGCGGUUUCAAGAUGGUGUUUGGUGCUCCUUUUAAUGUAGAUUAUACGCUGCCGAAGCAGGAUGGGUCCAUUUGGUACUAAACACAUGAAGUAUUCUUGUUUUUUUUUGGGGGUAAAUUAUAACAGAUAUGGCUUCUUAUUAGAUGAUGCCUGGUUGGACGAUGGUUUAAACCAUUUUCUGUGAGAUUGAAAAUGAAAGAACUAGAGGUCUUCUGAUGUUAUAUAAAUAAAAAAAAAUUAAUGUAGUGGGACUAUGUUCUUUUUUAAUCUCUAUUAAAUUUUUUUUUGUGCA